AUGCUAUUUACUUUCAUUCUUAUUUCUAAAUGUUUUGCUAGAAUUAAUCUAACUAUUGGAAUUGAUAUAACAAAUAAGACUUCGUUAAAUUAUUUAGGAACAUUAGAAAAGCAUAAUCAAUAAUUUUAAGAAAUUGGAUGUAUGUGUAUUUAAUAAUCUACUAAGUAAUCUUAAAUAUUCUAUAUCGCAUUUUACCUUGUUAUUCAUGUUAAAUAAGACAUAAUUUUACUAAACCUGAACCAAAUUGUUAUGGAGGAGGUAGAUAUUGUUGUAAUCAAUUUUUAAUCAAUCAUAGAAUUUUCUACAUAUGCUAAUGGACAAUUGUUACUCAAAGAAAUCAUUAGAUAAAAAUGUUUAUUUAUUAAGGAUGUUUCCUUAUUUCUUAGCUAUAUUAAUUAUUUUUAGUAAGAUUGUUUAGAUAAUCCAGAUUAUGCAUUUUGUUCAAAAUAAAUUUUGGAAUAAAAGCUUCUUAAUAAUGAUACCAUUGAAAUUAAUUAAUGCAUUAAUGAUAGCUUUUUAGGAGAAGGAGAUUAAGCUUUGCUUGAAAAUUUCAUAUUGGCUUAGGAAAUGAAAUAAUAAUAUAAUUAGAGUACACUCACUGUAUAUUUAAAUAAUUAAGAUAUUUCUAAUCAGAAAUUUGAUGUUUUGUUUGAAAAUAUCUAUCAGAAAUUAAAAAAGAAUAAUUUUGAAAUCAAAACUAAUUAAUAAAUAGAUGAAAUCUAAUUUUAUGUAUUUAUUGCACUUUUAAUUCUUUUAAUUUUGAUAUCAAUAAAGGUAUUAAAAAAAAGUGAUGAUCAAGUAUUUCCUAUGGAAGAGAAAAAAUGGAUAAUUUAAUUAGAGAAUGUAAAAUGA